GUUACUUUCAUUCAUCUCCUUUUCUUCUGCAACUCCAUACCUGCUCUCACCACCAUGCCGUUAAAAUGCUUGGUUCAAGCUUUCCAUUCCCUAAGCUUCUUCCAUUGCCUCGUCGCCACACCAUAACAAUCCCACUCGUACUAUUCUUCACCCAACGACAACCAACCGAGGACUCCGUUCUAGACCAGCCCACCCUCGACGACACGUCGUAUGUGACCAAAACCGUUCAUCUCCUCUGCACCAAACACCGCAACGUUGACCAGGCCCUCCGCCUCCUCGACCGUCUCCGCCUCAGUGGCUUCCAGCCCGAUUCUCUCAACCUCAGCAGUGUCGUUCAUGGGCUUUGUGACUCCAAUCGAUUCGAAGAAGCUCACCACCGGUUUUCUCUUUCCAUUGAUUCCGGUUGUGUCCCCGACGAGCGGACUUGCAAUGUUCUCAUUGCUCGUUUGCUUGGUUCUCGAUCUCCGGACGCGACUUUGAGUGUUAUCCGUCGAUUGAUUGAUGUGAAGCGUGAGUUUGUGCCUUCUUUGAUUAAUUAUAACCGUUUGAUUGAUCAGCUAUGUUCGUUGUCGAGGCCUGCCGAAGCUCAUAGGUUGAUUUUUGAUUUGUUGAGAAGAGGGCAUUGUCCGAAUACUGUUACCUAUACUUCUUUGAUUAAUGGGUACUGUAAGGUUGGUGAAUUUGAUUGUGCCCAGAAGGUGUUUGAUGAAAUGGGUGAGAGAGGUGUUGUUCCGAAUUCUCUGACGUACAGUGUAUUGAUUGGUGGUGUUUUAAGGAUUCGAGAGGUUGAGCGUGGGAGGGAACUCAUGUGCUUGCUCUGGGAGAGAAUGAAGUGUGGGGAUGACCCGUCCUUGAAUAAUGCAGCCUUUUCUAAUCUUAUUGAUUCUUUGUGUAGAGAAGGGUUUUUCCAGGAGUUGUUCAGGAUUGCAGAAGAUAUGCCUCAAGGAAAGAGUCUCAGCGAGGAGUUUUCUUAUGCUCAAAUGAUUGAUUCUCUUUGUAAAACCGGAAAACAUCAUGGCGCUUCGAGGAUUGUUUAUAUAAUGAGGAAAAGAGGGUUAGUCCCAAGCUUGGUGUCAUAUAAUUCUAUCAUACAUGGUCUUAGCAAGGAGGGAGGCUGCAUGAGGGCUUAUCAGUUGUUAAAAGAAGGAACUGAAUUUGGAUAUCGGCCAUCUGAGCACACUUACAAGGUUUUAGUGGAAGGUCUUUGCCGAGAAAACGACCUUCACAAGGCAAAAUUUGUCCUUCAUAUUAUGCUCGACAAGAAAGGAGUUGACAGAACUAGAGUUUAUAACAUAUAUCUCAGAGCUCUUUGUUUCAUGGAUAAUGCUGCAACUGAGCUUUUGAAUGCACUUGUUGUUAUGCUCCAAACUCAGUGUCAACCUGAUGUGAUCACACUCAAUACCAUUAUUAAAGGGUUUUGUAAGAUGGGAAGAGUAGAAGAAGCUUUGAAAGUACUAGAUGACAUGAUGGUGAGCAAGUUUUCUGCCCCUGACACCGUGACAUUCACCACUAUCAUUUUUGGAUUACUGGACGUUGGAAGAACUGAAGAUGCUCUUGAUUUGCUGUGUAGAGUAAUGCAUGACAAUGGUUUGAACCCUGGCGUUGUGACAUAUAAUGCCGUCCUUCGUGGAUUGUUCAAACUUCAGCUAGCAAAUGAAGCUAUGGAGAUUUACAAUGUCAUGGUAGGCAAAGGUGUGGCAGCUGACAGUACUACAUACACUAUCAUAAUUGAUGGAUUAUGCAAGUGUGAUCAGAUAGAAGAGGCCAAAAGGUUUUGGGACGAUGUUAUCUGGCCAUCCAAGAAUCAUGACAACUUUGUCUAUGCAACUAUUAUCAAAGGGCUUUGUAGCUCUGGAAAAUUCAGCGAGGCUUGUCAUUUCCUUUACGAACUAAUUGAUUCUGGGGUUUCUCCAAAUAUUUUUAGCUAUAACAUUCUAGUUGAUAGCGCCUGCAGACUAGGAUUGAGGGAAGAAGCUUAUCAAGUUGUUAGAGAGAUGAAAAGGAAUGGACUUACACCAGAUUGUGUGACAUGGAGGAUUCUUGACAAGUUACAUGGCAGCUCGAGAAAACAAAUUUUUGUUGACGAUUCAGCCUUAAAAUCAAAUGGCAGGUUACAAGAGAUCGAAACCAGACUAGAAUCGCUACAUGGCCUAAGGAGUCAAUGGAUGAGAGUCUAAAACGAGAUUACCAGAAAGGCAAGUAUAGCUUUCUAGAAGGAGUCAUCUGUAGGAGAGAUUCAAUUUCACAAUGCGACGAACAGAGAAGUUUCGGUUCUUUGAAAGAAAGAUCAUUGGCUUCGAAGAAGUUAUUCAUAGAAAAAAUAUGCAUAAUGCAUACUAGUUGUUUUUGAAACCUUGGCAAUUGAUGGAAAAACUAUGCAUAAUGAUCUGUGUGGCUGUUGUUCUUCUCAAGUUUCUAUGUUCAAUGAAGUUCAUAGAGAACAGAUUGAAUGGAGACUAACUACUAAAAGCCUAGCUGGCUAGCAGUAGUUUUCAGCAAAUAAUUUUCGGAAGAGAAUGAUGUGGUUUUGUUCGAGUAAAAUUUUAAUGUUGUUUUAAUUAAUCCUUUGAACAUGAGGAGCUGUUUGCAUAAUACUAAGCUGCUGAUGUAUUGGACAUCUAGAAACAAUUGGUAUCAUUUGGGUCAUAUGGAGGUCCCUUGGGCUACUGUUGUAAGAA